AUGAGUAUCGACACUUCCAACGGACAGUUCAUCAUCUUCUCUCAGGGAGUCGGUUACGGAAUCGUGAUUGGUGUGGGUGCGGUUUUUGCCGUCACCAUGGCACUGAUUUCGUGGCUGCUCUCUCGCUACAUGAAUGAGGUCCAGGACUCAGAAAUGUUGUCCACCGCUAAGCGGUCCAUCAAAUCUGGGCUUAUAGCCAGCGCAGUGGUUUCCAGUUGGACCAUCGCUUCCACUCUGCUUCUUUCCACCACCACCACGUACAAUCUCGGAAUAUCCGCCGCUUGGUGGUACGGAGGUGGUGCAUGUGUCCAGAUCAUCAUCUUUGCCACUAUGGCCAUCGAGCUGAAGAGAAAGGCGCCUAAUGCUCACACUUUCCAGGAAAUCAUCAAGGUCAGAUUCGGAACCGUUGGCCAUCUGACCAUGUGCUUCUACUCUCUUGCUCAGCAGGUGGUCUACACGGCAAACUUGCUCAUCAACGGUGCUUCUGUGUUUUCCAACAUGACAGGCAUGAGCAAAGAGGCCACCUGUGUGCUUCUGCCGGUCUUCGUUAUUGUCUACACUCUGAUCGGUGGUAUUAAGGCCACCUUCUUAACCGACUGGACUCACGUGGUGAUCAUCUUUGUGAUCAUGAUGACGUUUAUGUUCAAGGUCUACGCCACGUCUGAUCUCUUGGGAUCACCAGAAAAAGUCUGGGAGCUUUUAAACGAGGCAGCCAAGACGUACCCUGUGGCCGAGAAUCUGGACGGCUCAUAUCUGACGUUUACCUCGGUGAACAGCGGUCUCUUUGGACUUAUUUUGCUUGGAGCCGGAUGGGCAGCUGCAGUCGACUCUCAACUGUUCCAGAAAGCCAUUGCUGCCAACCCAGCUGGAGCCCUAACGGGAUACACUCUCGGAGGUCUGUGCUGGUUCACUUUGCCAUAUGCAUUGGCAACCACCAUGGGUCUGGCAUGUCGUGCUCUCGAACAAACCAGCAACUUCCCGGUGCCAGGCGGACUCACGGAGCAACAGCUGUCCAACGGUCUGGUUCUACCAAUUUCUGCGUACGCGAUUAUGGGUAAAGGCGGUGCCAUAGCGAUUUUAUUGAUGGUUUUCAUGGCAAUCACCGCCGCUUACUCUUCAGAAACCGUGGCUGUGUCUUCAUUGCUCACGUACGACAUUUACAAAUCUUACAUCAAUCCAAAAGCAGACGGCAAAAGACUUGUCUUGGUCACGCACUUGAGUGUCAUUAUUUUCAGUGCGGUGGCUAUUGGACUGGCUAUUGGACUUGGCCAGGCCAACUUCGACGUGUCGUUCAUCACCACUGCCUCCGGUAUUAUUGUUAAUGUCUGCGUUAUUCCAAUGAUCUGCACGCUUUUCUGGAAGAAACUCUCGACCUUUGCGUUUGUCGCCAGCAGCACGCUCUCUACCUGUAUUUCACUGGCUAUCUGGAUUGGAUACAGUUAUUCAGCAUCGAAAUCCGUGACCAUUACCACCUUGUCCACGUAUCGGGCUUUGGCUGCUGGUAACACGGCCGCCAUUUUUGUGCCAAUCAUAUUUGUGCCGCUGUUCACCUACUUGAAGCCAGCAGACUUCGACUGGAAUAAAUGGAAGACCGAGAUCAAACAGGUCGACGACUCUGAGUUCGACAAAGAGCAAGGCUUGACAAACGUUCUGAGUGGAGAAGACCUCACAGAGAUUGUCCUUACCAAAGAACAGGAAGAAGACGCCAUGAUGAAACGCAAGAGAAACUACGGUAUAGGUUUGGCUGUUUUCUUUGUCCUCUUCUUUUUGGUGCUCUUCCCAAUGCCUCUGUACGGCAGCCACUACAUUUUCACAAAGACAUUUUUCCGCGGCUACAUUGUGGUCACCUUUUUGUGGGUGUUCUUCUCGGUCAGUAUUGUCACUGUGUACCCUGUGGUGGAAAGUUGGAACGGAAUCAAGACUCUCUUUAAGAACAUUUUUACAAGAAAACGGAGCCCCGUGCUGUACUCUGAGCAGAUUCUAAGCCAGGUAACAAGCCGCAGGGCGGAGGCUGAGAAUAAAGAGGAGGCCGUCGUGAAUAUUAGUACUGUUAAUUAG